AUGGACGAAGAACACCUGAAUCUUAUUAAUACAUUGAACACAGAGCAGCGGUCAGGGUUUGAUGAAAUAAUGGAUCACGUUAUCAACUUUAAGAGCCAGGUAUUCUUUGUUAACGGUCCAGGUGGCACGGGAAAGACAUAUUUGUACAAGGCAUUGCUUGCAAAGGUUCGUUCGAUGGGUCUGAUAGCCAUUGCAACUGCAACAUCUGGUAUUGCAGCGUCCAUCAUGCCUGGUGGUCGCACCGCCCACUCCAGGUUCAAGAUCCCCAUAAAGCUUUCUGACAACAACAUGUGUAAUUUCACCAAGCAGAGCGGUACUGCUGAGUUGCUUCGCAGGUCACACUUGAUAAUCUGGGAUGAAGUUGCCAUGACCAAACGUCAAGCUGUUGAAACACUUGAUAGGUCUCUCCAGGAUAUAAUGGGAUGCUCGCAGCUCUUUGGCGGAAAGGUCAUGGUAUUUGGAGGAGACUUUAGGCAGGUCCUUCCAGUGGUGACACGUGGUACGAGGGCACAGAUCACUGAUGCUACACUACAAAGGUCUUAUAUAUGGGAGAAGAUACAUCUCCAGAACAAUUCUACGUCAGCGGACUACAUGAGCGCACAUGCUAUCCUCUCAACUAAGAAUGAGCAUGUAGAUGAGCUUAAUGCAAUAAUGAUCAAUAGGUUUCCAGGCAAGGAGACGGUAUACUACAGCUUUGAUUCCGUCGAUGAUGACUCACGAAACAACUAUCCGAUUGACUUUCUGAACUCAAUGACACCAAAUGGAUUGCCGCCACAUUUGCUUAAACUCAAAAGCAAUUGUCCAGUUAUUUUGCUUCGGAAUCUUGAUCCUCACAACGGUCUAUGCAACGGAACAAGGCUAAUGGUUAGAGACUACCAACGUAAUACCAUUGAUGCAGAGAUUGUUGGCGGCCAACAUGCUGAAAAGAGAGUGUUCAUUCCUAGGAUCCCUUUGUCCCCCUCAGAGGACAUUUCACUUCCUUUCAGAUUCAAGAGGAAACAAUUUCCAAUCCGCCUUAGCUUUGCAAUGAUUAUAAACAAAGCUCAAGGACAAACCAUUCCUAAUGUUGGUAUUUAUCUACCUGAGCCUGUGUUUUCUCAUAGACAACUGUAUGUUGCAUUAUCGAGGGGUGUAUCAUAG